UUUAUUCUCGGUUGAGCGUCGUAUGUUGGUAUGACAAAGAAAUGUGAUAUUAUCAUAAAUUAGCUUCGUGUGAAAAGUAACAGCUGCUGUGAUUUAUUGUGAGAUACUCAAUUUAGGAUAUUUAGCAGAAAUUAACUAAUUGAAACAAAGCCAAGAUGAACUGUCUAUCUCAUCUCGUUAAAGUAACUCUACCUAACUAUUUGUCUGGACUACCGAUACCUGAUACUUUCGGUGGAUGGUUUAGCUUAGGAAUAAAAGACUGGAUCUCACUGGUUCCACCAACAGCAGUAUGUGCAGGAAUAGGAUAUAUGGCUUAUAGGGCAUUCUGCCCCCAUGGAAGGCCGCAUGUCACGGUUCACAUUAACAAAACUAUCAAUAAAGACAAUCCUAAAGUUGUGGACACUAUUGCAAUCGAGGAUAUUGCAGAGAAAGCUGUGUUGUGCAGAUGUUGGAAAACUAAAAAUUGGCCAUAUUGUGAUGGAUCGCAUGGUGUCCACAACAAGGAGACUGGAGAUAAUGUUGGUCCAGUCAUUGUAAAAAAAAGUGCAUAGAGGAAAUCUAGUUAAUCAGUUCUAACAAACAUUUGAUGAAGAGAAAUGAAAUAUUGGCCAACUUUUGCUUAAUCGACUGUUAGAACAAAGCUAGAUAAUUGAUCUUAUAUGAAAAAUAGUAACGGCACUAUUGGUGCGUUAGACUUGCCUAUGAUAUUGUUAAUUGUUGAAUUUGGUAAAGGUUUAUAAUUUUAUAAAAGUAUAUUUUUAUAGUAUCAAUUCAAUUGCAUACAUACUGUGUUCAUUUUAUUCACA